CUCCUCCUCGUAGCCGCACCCUCCCUUCUCCUGUGGCCCCACCCCUCUCUCCCUCUUCAGCAGUAGAGGUACAGUAGUCCAGGGCACAAGCCAAAGACACGCACACACCCACCCAACACACAGCAAGACUGCAUAAUUCAACGGAAUCCUCUUCUCUACUCUCCUCUGGGCCAGUGACUCACUCUGUCUGCACUUCUUUGCUGAGCCAUAAUUGCCAUGGAAACCCCGGGCCAGAAACGCAUGAGCCGUGGUGCCACCACCUCCCCCUCGCCAGCCCGCAUCACCAGGCUGCAGGAGAAGGAGGACCUGUGCAACCUCAACGACCGCCUGGCCGUCUACAUCGACAAGGUGCGGUCACUGGAGGCGGAAAACGCCGGGCUGCGGCUGCGCAUCACCGAGUCAGAGUCCUCGGUGACCCGUGACCUGUCGGGCAUAAAGGCGGCCUACGAGACGGAGCUGGCCGACGCUCGGAAAACCCUGGACCAGGUGGCCAAGGAGCGGGCUCGUCUGCAGCUGGAGCUGAGCAAAGUCAGAGAGGAGCACAAGGAGCUCAAAGCCAGGAACAGUAAGAAGGAGUCUGACCUGGAGGCGGCUCUGGCCAGACUCAGGGACCUGGAGGCUCUGCUCAACUCUAAAGAUGCUUCACUCAACACCGCGCUGGGAGAGAAACGAGCCCUGGAGGCCGAGGUGAAGGACCUCAAAGCCCAGAUGGCCAAGUUGAACAGUAACUUUGCCGACGCCAAGAGGCAACUGCAGGAUGAGAUGCUGAGGAGAGUGGAUGCAGAGAACCGCCUGCAAACCCUGAAGGAAGAGCUGGAGUUCCAGAAGAACAUCUACAAUGAGGAGUUACGUGAAUCCAAACAUCGCUUCAACUCUUCCUUGGUUGAGAUGGACAGUGGACGGCAGCAGGAGUUUGAGAGUAAACUGGCCGAGGCCCUCAUGGAGCUGCGAGCCCAGCACGAGGACCAGGUUCGCCUCUACAAGCAGGAACUGGAGAAGACCUAUGAGUCCAAGCUGGAGAACGCCCGUCUGUCAGCUGACAGGAACAGUCACCUGGUGGGCGCGGCCCACGAGGAGCUGCAGCAGAGCCGUGUUCGGAUCGAGGGCAUGUCCGCUCAGCUCAGCCAGCUGCAGAAACAGUUAUCAGCGAGCGAAGCCAACGUGCGUAACCUGGAAGAGUCUCUGGCACGGGAGCGUGAUCUGAUGAGGCGUCGGAUGGAGGAGAAAGAGCGGGAGAUGGCUGAGGUGCGAGCCCGGAUGCAGCAGCAGCUGGAUGAUUACCAGGAGCUGCUCGACAUCAAACUAGCGCUGGACAUGGAGAUCAGCGCUUACAGGAAGCUGCUGGAGGGAGAGGAGGAGAGGCUGCGUCUGUCACCCAGCCCUCCGCCCACCAAGGUCGCGAUCACACGGACCUCUGGCUCAGGCCACGCCCACACCAGCCGCCUGCUCCUCUCCUCAACCGCCACCGCUGCUUCUAGCAGCCGCAACUCCUCCGGCACGGCGACCAAGAAGCGUCGCCUCAACGACAACGACAGUGAGACCUCCAGCGUGGCGGGCGGCACUGUGACUAAGACUCGCAUCAGUCAGCAUGCCUCAGCCAGCGGCCGCAUCACCGUGGAGGAGGUCGACCUGGAGGGCAAAUACAUCCGUCUCAGCAACAAGGCAGACGAGGAUCAACCACUGGGCCACUGGCAGGUGAAGAGACAGGUCGAGAGCUCCACCCCCAUCGUCUACAAGUUCCCCCCGAAGUUCACACUGAAGGCUGGAGGAGCAGUAACUAUCUGGGCAGCAAAUAGCGGUGGAAGCCACAACCCUCCCACUGACCUGCUGUGGAAGACCCAGAACUCCUGGGGCACCGGCGACCUCCUGCAGACUUACCUGAUCAAUGCCAACGGAGAGGAAAUGGCCAUGAGGAAAGUCACACGCACUCUGUUCCAGGAUGACGAGGACGAUGACAUGGGAGCUCACAGCACCAGCGGGGCAGAGAACGAGUACAACCUGCGCAGCCGCACGGUCAUCUGCGGCUCCUGCGGGCAACCGUCGGACCGCGGCUCAGGUGUGUGCAGCAGCAGCGGGGGUUUACCUGAAGGCCUCGUGGGACAUUCCUUCUUCAUGGGCACCAAUGAGCCCAGACAGGGUCGUAAUAAACGAGAAAGCUGCUCCGUCAUGUAAAAACCAAGCAUCACCUGAACCCCGCCCCUCCUGUAGCCGACACAGGAGACUCAUUUUCUACCAUGGGAUGUUUGUCCUUGUUUUUUUGUUUUAUUUUUAUUAUUAUCAUCUUGUCUUAUUUUGUAUUCAGAUUAAUCUGCAGCUUAGAUUUGCGUUGGGCUUUAAGGCAAAGGGCAGAAGAGUUUCAGAUUGGGGCUUUAAACGUUGGUAUAUUCAUACGACAUUAGUGCAUGUGAUGCUUGUAUUGUGUUGUGCUUUUCAUUUACGCACACAGCUCUCAUCGACCAGUGGUUGUGCUUUCACACUGAAUGACACUGAAUGACCGUGCUGUCAACAGUUAACACGCACAGCUAGUGAAGCCUGUCAGGACCAAGUCUCAGUAACCACACACACACACACACACACACACACACACUCACACACAGCAGGAUGAAGAGUCCUGUGGUAAACACAAAAAAAACAACAACUUGCUCAGGUUAUUUUCUUCAAUUGUCCAAAGAAAACCAAAGUGCUGUGAGGUUGAACAGCAGAUUCUUUAUUUUUCACCUUAAACCUUAAACACACAUGUUUCAUGUAGAGUGAAAGCAUGUGUUUGAGGCAGCGGUGCUUCAGUGCACGCCAACAAAAUCAAUAUAUCUGUAUAUUUUUCUGGAGAUGGUUCCGUUAAACGUCGUCGCUUUAGAAAAGUUUAGAAAAGAAAAGUUGUAGUUUUGUAAAAGAAUGAUCGUUGGUGCAGACGUUGAAUGUUCACGAUGUCAUGAGAAAAUCUUGACCGUUAGUUGCCUUAUUAUUAUUAUUAUUCUUAUUCUUAUGCAGGUAAAGUGUCUCCUGAUGAUAUUUGUAGCAGGAGUUGGUGCUACACGUAUGCUGCCAUAUAUACAGGAUAUAUUUAUAGCGUUACUUGGUGCAGCAGUAAUAUUUGUCCAUCAGGAAACAAACGGGACUCAGUCGUUACUUUGGUCAGUGUGGCUCUUAAAAACUGGUCUUUUCUGCUAAGCUCAAAGGUUGCUGCAGGUAUGUUGAGAGGUUUGUGUUCUUUCUUUCUUUGGCUUAUAAUAUAAGGGGGGGUCAAACUCAUUUUUGUUCAGGGGCCACAUACAGCACAAUUUGAUCUACCAGUAAAAAUAGUCAAAUAAUAGCAUAAUAGCCUAUGAACAACAAGAACUCCUUCGUUGUUUCCCCUUUGUUUUACAUUUCAAUGAAGGAUAUUUUUACAAAACAUUUGCAGUUUCAACAAUAUCAUGACUAAACUUACUGUUUACACAUCACCUGGAUCUAUAAACAUCUGGAAGUGAAAAAUAUUGUAUUUGACAUUACGUUUAGAUUGUAACAAAUUCAUCCUGUGGGCCGGUUCUGGUCCCCGGGCCGUAUGUUUGACACCCCUGGCUUAAUUAACUGCUUUUGUCAAUUAUGCAGAGCCUUUAGAUUAAUACUAGUCCGCCAGCUUAAGUCAUUUGUACUCGUAUUGAAGCGUUUCUGUAAAAUAAUGGAUGGCUGUUUUUGAUUUCUUCGUCCGAGAUGGAUUUUCUUGCAUAGAUAGAUUUUUUUACUUUGACCUUUGACACAGACGACACAGACUCAUGUACAUGUGAGACCUGUCUCGCUGUAACUGUAGCACUGUUUGUGCACAGGGGUUUUCAGAAGCCAUUCAAAAAACACUUUUGUAUGCCAUGUUAUUAAGAAUGAAUGAGAGCGAGAAUCCUCUUUGACUGCGAUUGUUACAAGUAGCUUAAAUUAGUGUCACAUCCAUCACAAUGAUUCUAUUAAUGUUUUGGAAAAAGCCAUAAAUUCAGUCAAUGUAAUGAAUGUCCUUUGUUUUCUGAAAUUGGAGUAAAAUGUGUUUUUUUGUUGA